GCCAGUCGGCGGGAGCCCAGGUGCCUGCGGGCAGGAGGCCGGGAGGAUGCACCGCUGGUUGCUGCUGCUGCUGUGGGCGCUGUGCCCCCGGGCGGCGGCGGGGGGCUCCGGCCGCACCUUCCCGCACCGCGCGCUCCUGGACUCGGAGGGCAAGUACUGGCUGAGCUGGAGCCUGCGGGGCAACCGGCUCGCCUUCCGCCUCGAGGUGCGCACCGCCGGCUACGUGGGCUUCGGCUUCUCGCCCACCGGGGCCAUGGCUGCGGCGGACAUCGUCGUGGGCGGGGUGGCCCAGGGGCGACCCUACCUCCAGGAUUAUUUUACAAAUGCAAAUAGAGACUUGAAAAAAGAUGCCCAGCAAGACUACCAGCUGGAGUACGCCAUGGAAAACAGCACACACACAGUGAUUGAAUUCACCCGAGAACUGCACACGUGUGACAUGAAUGACAGGACUAUAACGGAGAGCACCGUGAGAGUGAUCUGGGCCUAUCACCGUGAGGAUGUGGGAGAAGAUGGUCCCAAGUACCACGACUCCAACCGUGGCACCAAGAGUCUGCGGUUAUUGAAUCCUGAGAAAACCGAUGUGUUGUCUACAGCCAUACCAUACUUUGACCUGGUAAAUCAAGACGUCCUCAUCCCAAAGAAAGGUACGGUAUAUUGGUGCCAGAUGUUUAAGAUUCCCAUGUUCCAGGAGAAGCAUCAUGUAAUAAAGGUGGAGCCCGUGAUACAGAGAGGCCACGAGAGUCUGGUCCAUCACAUCCUGCUCUAUCAGUGCAGCAGCAACUUGAACGACAGUGUUCUGGACUAUGGCCACGAGUGCUACCACCCCAAUAUGCCCGAUGCAUUCCACACCUGCGAGACUGUUGUGUUUGCCUGGGCCAUUGGUGGAGAGGGUUUUUCCUAUCCGCCUCAUGUUGGAUUAUCCCUUGGCACUCCAUUAGAUCCUCGUUAUGUACUUCUGGAAGUUCAUUAUGACAACCCGGCAUAUAAGGAAGGCUUAAUAGAUAACUCUGGACUGAGGUUAUUUCACACAGCAGAUAUAAGGAAAUACGACGCCGGGGUGAUCGAGGCUGGCCUCUGGGUAAGCCUCUUCCACACCAUCCCUCCUGGCAUGCCGGAGUUCCAGUCCGAGGGUCACUGCACUCUGGAGUGCCUGGGAGAGGCUCUGGAAGCGGAAAAGCCCAGUGGAGUCCGCGUGUUUGCUGUUCUUCUCCACGCUCACCUGGCCGGCAGAGGCAUCAGGCUGCGGCAUUUUCGAAAAGGGGAGGAAAUGAGAUUACUUGCUUAUGAUGACAAUUUUGACUUCAAUUUCCAGGAGUUUCAGUACCUAAAAGAAGAACAAACAAUCUUACCAGGAGAUAAUCUAAUUACUGAGUGUCGCUACAACACGGAAGAUAGAGACCUGAUGACUUGGGGAGGCCUAAGCACCAGGAGUGAAAUGUGUCUCUCAUACCUUCUUUAUUACCCGAGAAUUAAUCUUACUCGAUGUGCAAGUAUUCCAGACAUUAUGGAACAACUUAAAUUCAUUGGUGUUAAGGAGAUCUACAGGCCAGUCACGACCUGGCCUUUCAUUAUCAAAAGCCCCAAGCAAUAUAGAAACCUUUCCUUCAUGGAGGCCAUGGAUAAGUUUAAAUGGACUACAAAGGGAGGUCUGUCCUUCAAUAAGCUCGUCCUCAGCCUGCCAGUGAAUGUGAGAUGCUCCAAGACAGACAAUGCAGAGUGGUCGAUCCAAGGGAUGACAGCAUCACCUCCAGACAUAGAAAGGCCAUACAGAGCAGAACCUUUGGUGUGCAUCUCUCCUUCCUCAUCUGCGAGCAGAAACUCCUCUCUCAGGCUGCUGGUGUGCUUCGCAGUCCUGGGCAGCAUGCUGAGCCGAUUACACUUGUGGUCCUAAUUCUGCAGUCCUUGGAGACGAUGUUUUCUGUGAUCUGAAACUAUCAUUUAACAUGAAAGUCAAACCACUUUGGGCCUGAGGAGCGAGUGUGAAGAUCGUGGAGACUCACCUUUCGUAUACUCCCUUCCUCCCCACUCUCCCAGUGAACCUGAGAGAUGUCACAGGUUCUCCUCCUUUUUUCAGAAAUGUCUGAUAAAAUGUAUCAAUCAUCAAUAAAGCAAAACUGGCCUGGUAAUGGUACCUUUAUAAAACUUUGGACAAAGUCAAGUGAAAGUAAAAGAAAUUUUUAUUUA